AUGACUUCGGCAGAAGUUGAACCAACCAAAGAGAAGAAGACGGUUCCUGAGCCGUUUUCAUCACUUCCAGACGAGCUUACAGAGAACAUUCUUGCCCGUGUCUCGAGAUGGAAGUACGCAUCGCUCUCUCUCGUCUCAAAGAGAUUCCACUCUCUCUUAUCAUCUAAAGAGAUCUACAGGACACGAUCUCAAAUAGGAGCCGAGGAAACAUGCGUCUAUGUCUGGUUAAUGUUGCCUGAUAACCCGUGUGCAAGAUGGUUUAGUCUUCGGACGAAACCUAAUAAAAAGCAAACCAAACGGAGAAGCAAAAUUAGGUUUAAGCGGGGCUCGAGUGGACUUUCGGUUGUGCCUAUACCUUCCUCUUCUACCGAUUCUUUUCCCAAACAAGAUAACAUCACAACGUUUGGUCCGGACAUCUACUUAAUCGGUGGAUCUUACAAAAAACCAUCUUCCUCUGUUCAUAUAUUUGAUUGUUGGAGUCACACUUGGCGUGAUGGCCCUAACAUGACCGUCGCUAGAAAGCAUGCACGUACAGUUUUACUCGAUGAGAAAAUAUAUGUGAUGGGAGGUUGCGAUAUUGACAAGUACAAUGCCAACUGGGUAGAGGUAUUUGACAUCAAAAGUCAGUCUUGGUCAGCCUUGCCUGGUCCUGACGCUGAUGAAGAAGAGUUACGUAAUUACCUACGAAAAAAUAGUGAUUAUUGUACAAUUAAUUUGUUCAAAGGAAAAUUAUACUUAGUGGCAGAUGAGGAGGAAUUCUCUUACGAGCCGAAAAAUGGUAAAUGGAAACUUGUAAGAGAGACGUCGAGUUUAAUAUCAGAUUCCAUAGAAGUUUCGUGUGAGAUGGGGAAUGUAAUAUAUGGUUGCACUGACUCCGGUAACUUAAUGUGGUCUGCCUCUGAGAUUGAGGGCAGAGAUUGGAGAGAGAUCAAGGGUUUGGAGAAACUGCGUGAGCCUCCUACAAGAGGUUUAAAAAAUUGGAGUGAUUUUGGACUGGUGGGCUGUGGCGGUCAACUUUUAGUUAUGUGGGAUACAUAUUGUUCUAGCUACAACGGAUACAACAAAAUUUGGUGUGCAAAGAUUUCUUUAGAAUCAAGACGCAAUGGACGUGAGGUGUGGGGAAAAGUUGAGUGUGUUGAUGUGCUCACCUUUCCUGUCGAAAGAUAUGAAAGUUUUGAUUGUGUUGCUGUUUCUGUUUGA